AUGCACUACCGCGCGCAACGACUGAGCGAGCGCCUGGCGCUCGUGGCGCUGUCGACAUCGGCGAUCGUCGCGUUCGCGUGCGGCUGGUUCGCGAGUGAUUACGACCUCUUGAAACGCAUAUACUUUGGGGGAGUGUGCGGAACGGUUGCGAUCGUCGUGCCGCAUUGGGAGUGGAUUUACGGCUCGAAGGACGGGAUGAAGUGGCGCGCGAGCACGGGGCGAUUGAAAGCGCGCGAGGGAACGCCGGAACCUUUGGCCGCGGAGACGAAAAAGAAGCCGAAGCGUCGCGCGGCGCAACGCAAGGCUGGGACGAAGACGGUUAUUUGA